CCAGUCGACUUAACUCGUUGCUUGGGUGACGUCGUUUUGUAUUUUUUCGAUACGUGGCCGCGAUCGGUGCUUCGAUUUUUUUCCGGUCGGUAUGGUGCAGUUGGUGGUGGGCCGAUGGUAAAAAAGCAUAUCAACUGAUUUUGCUUUUGGUUACAUUUAAGAAAUAAUAAUAUGUCAGAAUACAUGGAGUUCGAUUGGAGGCACAGUGUAAUCUCACCGGAUAUUAUGAAAAAUGUCCCGCAAACGAGAGAACCGUUUGAUAGAAGUAAAUCGAUACAAAGUUUACGAAAGAUGAUAAACCAGUGUGAAGAUCUGGAACUAAGGAACAAACUGCCCCAGGAUGACAAAACAUUACAGAAAUUCCUGUACGCCCGAAAAUUCGACAUACAGGAGACCUUCGAUUUGUUGAAGAACUUCUACCUGUACAGAAAACGCAACAUGGAACUGUUCCAGAACUUCGAUUUGCACGCGCACGACAUCCACAAGGCCUUAGAAAACGGACUGCCAGGUGUUUUACCGAUCAAGGACCGCAAAGGCAGAUGUGUCCUAGUCUUCAACGCUACGAAUUGGGAUUGCGGCAGUUACACACUGAUAACCAUAUACAGAGCGUUACUUUAUAGUUUGGAACAGCUAACGGACGACGUGACCAACCAGGCCAAUGGAUUCGUCGUGAUCGUUGAUUGGACCGAAUUCACUUUCAAACAGGUCACCAGUUUGAAGCCGGGAGCAUUGAAGCUAAUGAUCGAGGGAUUGCAGGAUUGUUUUCCUGCUAGAUUCAAAGGGAUACACUUUAUUGGACAACCUUGGUAUGUGGAAGCAGCUUUGACAGUUAUCAAACCAUUUUUGAAGGAAAAAAUCAAGGAAAGGAUGUAUGUACAUGGAAAUAAUCUGAGCACGUUACAUGAACAUGUACAUAGGGACAUUUUGCCAGCUGAAAUGGGUGGUGAACAACCUUCGUACAAUCCUAGAUCAUGGCUUGAUACAUUGCUGUCUAAUAAAAAAGACGAGAAGAAAUAAGAAAUGCGGAAACUCUGAAGGGAUACGAUUAUAGUAGCUUUAAUUUAAUUAUAAUUUAUUUUUAAAUUAUUAUAACUUCUUGUGAGAGGCUUGGAUGCUAUGUAACCAGAUCUUCCAACUUGUGUCAAUCAGUGGCUUUAGAUUGCAUUAUUUUUGUAUGGAAUUUACUAACAACAAAGAGAUUUGUGAAGACUGUUAUUUUUCUAUUCCUUAAGAAAAAUAUGAUCUGAAUCAUUCAUAUUAUUUUGUAUAAUGCACGAUAAUUAUAUUUUUGUUCAUGAUUAAAAUAAACCGGUGUGUUGAGUAAGUGGAGUAAUUGUAAGAGUAAAAAUGACAAUAUAGGUAAAUGUUAUCUGUGAUCUGUGAGUAUUUAAACUGUGCUUGAAAUUAAAGCCCGAAUAAAAUAUAUAAGAAUUAUAUAAUAAAA